UCACCUUUUCAAACGUUUGUGGAUGUUUUGAAAGAAGAGUUGCAAAAGAGUAGAGAGCUACAGGACGGUGUCAAGCAGCUUCAAGGAGAUGUCGACAAGUUGCAAGACUCUGAAGCCAUGAAACGCGCCAAAGACAUGUACGAGCGAGCUCGAUUGACAUCGUCUAUUCGUGAAAAUCCAAGGCUGCGAGCUGCGGCUGACGAACUGAAGAAAGCUGGUGGAAAAAUAGGAGAUGCUGUUGGAGAGGCUAUCAAGACCAUGGACGAAAGCGACUUUGUGCGACGA